GGUUAAGGAAACGACCACGACGACCAAGGCCACAAUCACCUAUACCGAAGAAUAAAGAGAAAAAGAAAAAGAAAAAGAAAAAGGGUAAGGGUUGUUUAUGUGAGAUUGCUAGGGUCUGGUCAUUUGAUUAUCUUGUUUUGGUCGUUUGAUUGGAGGACAUAGCUGAGGCUAAAGAGAAUUAUGAGUAUCAUAAGGAGGAUACUUAAGUAGCUUAUUACAGAUGGCGUUUGGAGUAUAAAGUAAGACGCGGUGCGUAAGUUCAGCUCUUACGACAUUUGGGAUUUUUAUUUUAAUUAUGCAAGGUACCAAAAUACAUACAUACCUAUGUAGUACUACGGGACUACCUACCUGGUAUGUUAGGAGGUACCUACUUGGUAAUUUUCUAAUGGGGCAUUUGAUUCAUUGCGAUUCAACUCUGAUUGGUUAAACUUAUUUAAUGCCAACUCCCUGCUGCCCCUGACUACCGGGGAAAACGGACUAAAAAAUGUCCCAGGCCAAAAUUAAAAACAAAAAAAAAGAGAUAAAAAAGGGUUGUUAAUCAGCAAGUUUAACUCAAGAACGACUUUCUGAUGGGUCACUCUUUUUCGGUCUUUUGACCCUUUUUUAAUUCCUAAUCUCAAUUGACGAGCUUCUUCUGAGAUUGCCCGUUGUCCAUUCUUUAACAGAUAUUUGAUUUAUUCAAAAUGUCUUCAAGAUAUUCCUUACGUGCAACUCCUAGGAAAAAGGAACUCUUCGAUGGUAUGGUCGAGACACCUGGCCGCCGCGCGACGCGUCGUAAAUCUCAGUUCCCCUCUAUCGCGGAUGGCGCGUCCGACGAUGGCGACUCGAGUUCUGCUGCGGAAACAACCAGAUCUACCAGGGCUACACCCGUACGACGUCGCAGAAUUGGCAAGUUCAUUGAGAACAUAGACGAUUCGGACACCGCGUCUAAAGACGAGGAAUUCAGUCCUGUCGCCAAAGAGAAAAUCUCCCCAGCCCUCAACGGCAACGGCAAUGGAACAUCAGAAAGGGUAGAAAAUGGGCACGCGAAUGGGCACGCCAACGGACAUACGAACGGGCACGCGAACGGCAAUUUUAACGAGAAAGUCGUCGACGGCUGGAAGCCGGGUAUGGAUCCCAAGAUCGACCAUUCUGGCGUUUUUGAGUUUGGAGGUAGCUUUGGUACCCUGGCCCUCAUGAUCGGAUUUCCUAUUCUCAUGUGGUAUAUGUGGAUCGGUGCAACGUAUUACGAUGGCAAAGCCCCGCUGCCGCUCGAAGGGGAGUCUCUUGCUGACUUCGGCUGGCGCAUGUGGAAUCACGUCUACACCGGCGCCUUUCCUCACCUGCGAGCAUGGAGAAUCUACUGGACUUACAUCAUCUUCGAGGCUGCUUGCUACUGUCUUCUCCCCGGCGUCUGGGGCUACGGAAAGCCUCUUCCCUUCGAGGGAGGGAAGCAGCUUAAGUACUACUGUUCGGCGUAUGCUAGUUUCUACUUCACCAUUCUCGUCAUAGGCGUACUGCACUUUACCGGAUUGUUUAGGAUCAAUACCCUUCUGGAUGAGUUUGGCCCUCUCUUGUCUGUUGCUAUCCUGUCUGGUUUCCUGGUUGCCUUCGUUGCAUACUUCUCGGCGUUGAUUCGCGGUGCUCAGCACCGAAUGACUGGAUACCCUAUCUACGACUUCUUCAUGGGAGCCGAGCUGAACCCGCGCAUGUUCGGCAUCCUCGACUUCAAGAUGUUCUACGAAGUGCGCAUUCCCUGGUAUAUCCUAUUUGGACUAACAUGUGCGGCUGCGGCUCGGCAAUACGAGAACUAUGGUUAUGUUUCAGGCGAAGUAUGGUUCCUGCUCAUGGCUCACUAUCUUUAUGCCAACGCCUGCUCCAAGGGCGAACAACUCAUCAUUACUACCUGGGAUAUGUACUAUGAAAAAUGGGGUUUCAUGCUGAUCUUCUGGAACAUGGCCGGUGUCCCUCUAUCCUACUGUCACUGCACCCUCUACCUUGCUAGCCACCACCCAUCGGAGUACGCCUGGAACAAAUACGCUUUAACCGCCUUCUUUAUCUUAUAUAUUGCCGUAUAUAUCGUCUGGGACCAGGCCAACGGACAAAAGAAUGCCUUCCGGAGUAAAGAGCGUGGCAACCUCCGGAAGCGCUACGCCUUCCCUCCCGUUCCGUGGAUCUACAUUGAUAACCCCAAGACCAUCGAAACGCAGAUUGGUGACAAGCUGCUUGUGGACGGUUGGUACGGAUAUGCGCGCAAGCUGCAUUACACCUGCGAUGCGUUCUUUGCCAUCAACUGGGGCCUGAUAACGGGAUUUAACAGCCCCUUCCCCUGGUUCUAUCCGGUUUUUUUCUGCUGCAUGAUCGCGCAUCGUGCCCACAGGGACAUAUCGCGCUGCCGGACGAAGUAUGGCGACGCUUGGAAAGAAUACGAGAGACAGGUGCCGUACCUAUUUAUUCCGUACGUCAUCUAAGCCUUUCAAAAAUCGACGCUCGGUAGCCAUGUAUCAUACCACUCCUAUUUGGAUUUCGAUCCCAUCGACGCUAGACACGAGGACGACGACGAUGAUACACGCAUGCAUGUGUAGGCUUGUAGCCGCUAGCAGUUUUUCUAUCUUGUAUAUACUUGAGAUUGCCCCCUCUACAACCUUUUAAAAAAGCGCGACUGCAGGCCAACACGAAUAAUGGCGAUGGGAAGAUGCUGCGAAUGAAUCAAGUCGGAAAGAACCCUAAGUCAUGCCGCUACGAUAGCCCUUAAUAGAGAUGAAAUAAUUGAGUAAUUAUGAGUAAAUCCUUUUUAUUGGAUGCAUGGAUAUAUAUCCGUCAGCGUUAACCAUAGUCAUGCCUAAUUUAUGUGCCAUAUGCC